AUGAACUUCGCAAAGAAGACGCAAUACAACAUCAAGGUGGAUAUACAUGAAGUGAAGGAUCUGAGCUUCCGUGAAAGCGCCAACGAAAAGGAAAUCAUCCCCAACCCCUACGUCCAAGUCACAGUGAACAAUGAAAAAAAAUGCACACCGAAGAAAAAUCAAGCAGUGAAUGUGGCAUACAACACGUCGUUCAACUUCUCCAUGGAUUUAACCGAUUAUCUUUUUCAGCGGACCAGUGUAGACGUGUGUGUGUUGCACAAGUACACAAUACAAAGUGCCCUCAUUGGAAAAUGCUCCUUUGGUUUAAAUUACGUGUACUCCAAGGCACAGCACUGGCUGUAUAGAAUUUGGGUCAGGUUAAGGAACCCAGAUUUACCCCUCGAUGAAGUUGGGUACUUGCUCAUUUCUGUGGGGGUCUAUGGGCCAGGGGAUUCUAUUCCAAUCAUAAAUGAUAGUGUAAAGACCAAUAUAGGGGACUCUGUGCAUAUACCACAUGUUAGUGGGUUAGGAACAGGUGGUGAUUCUGGUUCCGCUGCUGUUGAGGGAGGAGAAGAAGAAGAGGGGGAUGACAACACCGAGUUCGGGGCGAACAAAGGACUAGACAUACACAUCACACACUAUGAUCUAUGUGUAAACAUUUUCCGGGGACAGGAUAUGGACUUUAUUGGGAGCAGUAUGUUAUUUUCGAACACGUUAGAACCCUAUGUGAAGGUAACCCACAACGGGUUCGAAGAAAGUACCAAGGUCAUUAGAAAUGACCCAAACCCGGUAUGGAACUUAAGUGUACACAUCCCUACUUGUACUCCAUGUUACGACAAAAAUAUAAUUAUAGAGUUGGUGAAUGGAGAACAUAAUGGAGUGGUGAUGCUGAGCGUUUUGCUAGACUUGUUUGAGAUUUUGAAAAGGGAACUGCAACCAAGAUGGUAUAAUAUAUAUUACAACCCUCAAAAUCAGAUUGCUCCGAGAAGUAGUAUAUAUAACCAAAACAUUACUGCUAAUGCACCUAGUAUAACUCAUAGUAAUAAUGCCCCGACAUCUGCUAAUGCACUAGGGAAUUAUCUAUUCUCAGCGACGGCGGAAAAGUUAUUCAAAAAUGCAACACAAGGAAUCAAUAUUAAUGAAAUAUUGGGAGUGACCAAAAUGCAGAAUAUGUUUACGUAUGACGAAAAUUUGAAAGAAUUUUAUCUUUAUGGAGGAAGAGUUUUCCUUAGUGUAAGUGCUACCAAAACACAUGCACCAGGACCUAUACGUAUAAAGUCAGCUAGAGUAGAACCAGACCCACCAAAUAAAGAAUUCAUUUUUUGCGCCGACAUUUAUGAAAUAUUAUCCGUUCGGAGCAACCACAAUAAGGGUGGAAAUUAUAACUCGGAACAUGUACAAGGGUCUUAUAACAAAACGUAUGAUGGUAAUGGGGACACCAUUGUAUGUGUAUGUGGGUUAGGUCCACAUAGAUUGAAGACAUCUCCACUGUUGCCAAACGAAGUAGGUUCUUAUGUUCUGAACGAGAAUACAGGAAGGAUAAAUGAAUUUAGAAUUUUCUUACCACAGAACAAUACAGAUCAGAUAUAUGAUAUUUUUCUUUACAUUUACGUGAAAUCAAAUCUUGCUGUGACAGAUUGGAUUACUACUCGGAGGAGUGUGUAUAAUUCUGGUGGUGGAGUUCUACACAAUAACCUAGAUUUGUAUAACACAACAGAUGCAAAUAAAUGUAUGAAGUUGAAUCAUAUGAGUUCCAUAAACAAGCAUUCAGAAGAUCUUUUCAAUGACUCUGAUCUUAUGAGUAAUUAUAAAUUAAAAAGUUAUGUACGAAUCCCUUUUAAGUACUUACUUCUUAGUGAGAAUAAGCCCAAAUGGUUUGCCAUGAAGAAUGUAGAUACUAGUACCCAUGAUUAUAGUAUCUCAUUUUAUGCCAACCUAGUUCCUUUUCAUUUGUUUAAGAAAAGACAAGAACGGUUGGAAUAUAAAUUGUCCAGGUACUUUUUUCGAGCCUUAAUCUAUGAAGGGUUACAUUUCCCCGCCAAGGGUUAUGACUCCUUUCCAGACCCCUACAUAAAAAUUGAACUAGCAGGACAAACAAUAAAGACAAGUACCAUAUUGCACACACUGAACCCUAAUUACUAUGAAGCUUAUGAAGUGGAAGUAAUUCUUCCAACUAACCUGAAUCUCGCUCCAGAUAUAUCUAUUGAAGCCUUUUCUGUUAAUAAAACAUUUUUGUAUAACGAUGAUGAUAUUCUGUUAGGGUCAUGUACCUACCCCAUCAUGAAGGUCCCUAUCGAAUGGAAAAGGUCUCCUGUUUGGGUAAAUCUGAAAUCACCUCAUUAUAAAAAAUGUAAAGCGAAGCUAUUGGUGGGCUUUGAAUUAGUACCUUUAGAAAAAGUAUUAGAUGAUAGCUACCCCUUUUAUGAUGAUAUAAGACCUUCUACCUUACCAGGUCAUGUCUCUCUGUUCCUUGUUGGCAUACGUAUGUUCAAACCUUUAAAGAAUCCUUCUGUGACAGUCUGCUUCGGGAGGGAUGUGGAUGACACGUCUCAAUUUCUGUGGCAUGAAACUGUUAGUAAAGUUAUAUCUGGUAAGGAAGGCAAUUGGAAUUUUUUAAAAUAUUUUUCUUUAGAUGUUGCUUUACCCAAACGGAUGCAACACCAUAGCUUUUUAGAAGUUCGUGUGGAGGAUCGAGAACUUACUUCUGGGUUCACUUCCACCGGGGGGAAUGUAUCCCAGUCAGCCAAGGCUACUAAUAAUAAUAACUUAAUAGGUACUGCUUACAUCACACUGAACCCUUUACUUCCUUGGCUAGACAAAUAUGAGAAGGAUGAAUGCGUGGAAUUAUUUAAGUUGCAUUUGUUAGAAGAGGUUCUAAUGGAAGAUGCAGAGAGGGCACGCAAAUCUUACAAUACUGCUUUGGUUUAUAAAAAGAGCUCCAUGGUGUCUAGGAAAAUUACAAACGUCUUGUUUGACGGUGAGGGAGGAGCAGAAAAUAUCACGGACACUGAGGGGGACGCAGAUGAUGGGGGGGCCGGCACGGGGGGGGGGUUCCACGCCUUGUCAUUGAAUGUGCUGGAGGAGGGCGCCUCCGAGGUACUCUCCUCUGAGGCGGAUGACACACGGGCAGAUGACGAGGUCGUCACGGAGGCGGCGAUUGAACUGGGCGGGGCGGACUUUGACCCGGAUGAGGGAGACGAAACUAUACGAACGGGCAACACCGCCGGGGACCCGCACGGGGGAAAAAACACAGAUGAGGAAGUGCCAUAUGAAAUGCCAAGUGAGGAAAUACCACGUGAGAAAAGCACGGAUAAAAAAAAGGCAGAUAAAAAGGGUGAAGACAAAAAAGGUGCAGACAAAAACGGUGCAGACAAAAAAGGUACACAGCAGCGGAACCACGAUAGUUACCCCGCGCAGAACAACCCCAGCAGGACGAAAAAAAAAAACAUGAAAAAAUUCAUCAACAAGGAGUACGUACCCUAUAACGACCCCGAUUUUGCAAACGUACGAAUAGAGGAGGCACUGGAGCACGUGUGCUUCAAGGCGAGCGAGUACGCUAGUGAGGAAGAUGUGAGUGCGGAGCAGGAAAACGAAUAUGGAGAGAAGGACAGCAACGCAAGCCAAAAGAGGAUAAAGUUGAGAGACAUAAAUUUCUUCAAAGGGAAGAACUACGAUGAAGGGAAGGAAAAAAAUACACAAGUGAAUAAAAAAAAAGAAAGAAAAACUAUUCAUGGGUUUAGUGAGGAUGCACUGAAUUUCCAGUUAGCCAUAGCCGCUGAUGAUGAACAGGAAGAAAUACAGAGGGAUGAAAUGCUAUACGAAUAUGAGGUCGAUAUGAAUGUUGACGACCUACCUUACCUAAGAGCCACAAUAUUUAGAUGCACCGAUUCAGGUAUACCAGAAGCAGUAGGGUACCUAAAGUAUUUGUGUAGUGUAUACGAUGAUAAAACGAUUCAUUUGAAAAAGGACAUGUUGAAGAAAUGUGAGAAAUUGGUGAGUGAGUACAAGUUGACUCGUAAUUUAGUUGUAAGAGCUUAUAUCAUUCAAGCGAGAGGGUUGAACCCUCCAUCCGGAGCAACAGAUAUAACUACCUACGUGUGGAUUAAGAACAGCAACGAAAUUACUAACAUCCCUGGGGGACUUUCACAUAAUAUAAAAGACACAGGGCAUAUUAAAAGACAAGGAUACAAACCUGAAUUCAAUAGAUCCUACCAGCUGUUGUGUUCUUUUCCUGAUGAAUCCAUUAUCCAAGUGUGUAUCAUGAAUCAGGGUUCUCUGUCAGAUGAGGUCAUUGGUUACACCUACAUCGAUAUGGAGGACAGGUACUUCAAUCCUAAGAUCAGGCAACUCAUGAUGGAUGAUGGUAUGCCAAUUGAGUUAAGAUCUUUGAAGUUGGAGAAUAGCACCAUCUCUCAUGGGUCCUUAAGAUGUUGGUUUGAAAUUUUUACUGAAGAAUUUGCUCAAAGGAAUCCAGUCAAAAUUUUAUGCUCUAAUGAACCCGAUGAUUAUCAACUCAGGGUGGUCAUCUGGAAGGUCAGCAACGUUUCAUUGGAUGACAACCCCACCAUUAGUCUUUUCGUGAGAUGCAUUUACGCAGAUGAAGAUACAGAAGAUAAGAGAGACACGGACACACACUACAACAGCAAGGAUGGGAAGGCCGUGUUCAACUGGCGCUUUGUGUAUAAUGUGAGGAUCCCUACAAAUGCCACUAACAUCAAGGUGCAGGUGCACAACUACGCCCUGCUGUCUUCCAGUGAACCCAUCGGAGAGGCCACGCUCAACCUCGCGGCGCACUUUUACCGGGCUAGGAAGAAGCGCGGCCUCUACCACAUCCCCAGGUUCUGGCUGCAGUGUAAGCACCCCGCCCACAAGAACAAGGUGCGCGGGAGCAUCGAGGUCGAGGCGUGCAUUCUGCCCAAGGCAGAGGCGGAGGUCGACCCCGUUGGCAACGGACGGGACGAACCCAACAAGGACCCCUUCCUGCCCCCCGUCACGGAAAACAGGACAUACGUUGAUUGGGUCACCAUCAAUGAGAAGCUCGGAGCCGCCACGGCGUCCAUCAUGCACGGCUUGAAGUGGACAGGUGUCUGGAUCGUCGUGGCCGUAGUAGUUGUCGGUGUGUUUUUCCUCCUCAUCCUUUUGAAGUGA